AUGGCACGCGUCAAGUAUAUUAAGCCACGCCCUGGUGAGGCCACCCCCUCAGAUCAUGAAUCAACCCACAGCGACUAUGAAGAUAAUUACACCACCACUGCUCCUCCCAGCACUUCAUCUGAACCCAAGGGAAAAGAGCCAGUGAGACCAGUCAUGGGAGGAUAUGAAGAGACGAGAACCUCUACUUCUACUUUUAUUUCUAAUACUCCAACAUUUACACCGUUAGAGACUUUGUUGAAUCCAGCUACAGCUCAGCGUCCAUCACAACAAACCCAGGUGAAUGCUACUCCCCUUGAACCUUCUGCCUCAGGGCUUCUUCUGGGCGCGCCCUCUAACCAGAGUUUUUCUGCAUCGACGGUUGCUGCCUCUGAAGACAAGUCUGAUACAGGGACUUCCACGACCGUACCUACUGGUCCGAAACGUCGGUCUCGUGGUCAAGGUGGUAGAAGAGGUGGUUCUCAAGUUUCCCAAGCUCCAUCCACAACUUUCCAAGAAGAUCAAACGGGAAAAGGGAACAAAAGAAAACGGCAAACCGGUGCUACUCCCUCACAGGGCUCACAAGCAGAAGGUAGUAGUAGUAGUACCGCGCCGCCCAAAAAACGUCCUAGGGCUAAAAAGACUAUUGCUUUUGCUGGAGAGACCAGCUCAGAGUCAUCAUCUAGUGCUGCUGGCAAAUCGAAUUUCAAUAUCUUCGAGGCAAUCAUUCAACAUCCGCAUCUGGUCUUUCACUUUGCCAUUUCUCUCGAAAUCGAGGAUUUGAUCUCCGUCUAUGCCAUUUCAAAGGACUUUCAUCACAUUAUUAACACAGGUCUGACCAUGGUGAUAGUCGCACAAGCUAUGCUCCACGCUCCAACGUCUGCGAAAGUCUUUCCAUUUCGAUGUUACCGCGGGCUCUGUGUUAGUGAUCCUCGAGUAGAUAUGGACGAGUCUCGAGGACAGUCUCGCCUGGUGCCCUCGUUUCGGUGGCUUCGUAUGGUGUGCUGGCGCGAGCAGAUUGCAAAGAAGAUAACACACCUGAUGAUCGAAGAAGGCUUGUAUCUGCCAUGGGAAUGUGAAGAGGCUAUCAAGAAACUAUGGUUUCUCAUGGACAUUCCGGACAAUCAGCGGCGCCUUGGUACGGUUCAGAAUACCGACUUGUGGACCGCAGCAGAUCUCUUCUAUGCAGUCAUGUUCCUUGUCAGGUUCGACAUGCGCUGCACUGACCCGCUUUCAACGCAGGCUCAAGGGGGGAUGAGACGCCUGCUCAUGGCCCAGCCAAGUAUGAGUGUGCUGUACCGUACUCUAGAGCGCACAGCUAUGAAGGACUCUUAUGAAGUGAUACAGGGGUUUCUUCGUUGGAAAUAUGAGCCUCACGGCAACGGUAAUCAGCCAAUAUACGGUGUGCCGAGAUCCGAAAUUGGGAAACUGCAGUACGAAGGCUAUGGCGCUGGAGGAAGUCAGGUCAAACUUCAGCGUCCAGACGAGUUGGUUCUGAAGGAGUGUAUUCGGAGGGAUAUGGAUGUGUGGGAAGUUCUAUUGGAAAUUAUCGUAUGGCCUGCCACAGUGGAAGCAGAAAAGUAG